AUUUAAAGUCUUGCACGCCGGUCAUGACUUUUCAAUGUUCCAAAACUCUUAUUGUUAGUAUUUUUUUAACCAAUAAACACCUCCAUGUCAAACUCAUAUUCCUCAACGAUCUUGAAAUUCCAGUCAAAUUAAUUGUGGUUACGAAGUUUCUGAGAAAAUUAUCGGUUUGUCCCAUUGAAAACUUGUUGAUGGACUUUUUCAAUCCGAGGCUUAUCUUCUACUAUAGUUCUGCUACAAAUAUAGAAAUCGGUCACAAAAUCAGGCACAUAGUAUAUAUAUAUUAUGUGUCUGGUUCUGUGACUCUUCUCCUAUUGUUGUCCAAUUACUAUUCUUAUCUUUCAAGCUUUUUCGGGUAAAGUAGGCACAAAUGAGAUCUCAUAAGAGGAAGAUUGACAAAGAUGCACUUUCAGCAAUAAUUUUCUUAGUGGUGUCUCUGUUCAUGAUCUCCACCUCUGUUCAUGUAGAACCUAAUGUCAUAUCUUGUGAUGUUAGUCCCACUAAUUACACGCAAAAUAGCCCAUUUGGGAACAAUCUCAAGAGCCUUCUUGAGUCUCUAUGGUCGAACACUCCUCUAAGUCAAGGCUUCAACAGCACUGUAUUCGGAAACAAUACUGAUCAAGUUUAUGGGAAAGCACUUUGCAGAGGGGAUGUCACUCCUGAAGUGUGUCGGGAUUGCAUUCAGAAUGCAAGCCAAGAGAUCAUGACAGUGUGUCCAACCCAAAAUGCAAUUAUAUGGCAUGAAUUCUGUCAAGUUCAGUACUCAUACCGGCCUUUCUCUUCCUGGGAUGCCUUUACUGGAAUGUUUCCUGAAUCGAAUAAAGAUGAGAAAAAUAUAUCGGGCCGUGAUGGUUUUGUUGUAGCUUUGAAGGAUUUCAUGAAUACACUCUCCGAUCAAGCUGCAUUCAAUCCUUCUAACCUCAUGUUUGCUACUGGUAAAACAAAAAUUUCGACGAAUGAAACGGUUUAUGGGCUUGUACAGUGCACAAGAGACAUCUCUCAAAGUGACUGUAGACUUUGUUUGAAUUUUGAAUUUGUAGAACUUGAUGGCUGCUGUGAUUAUCGCCAAGGCGGUACUGUUUUCAGCAGAUUCUGCAACAUGAGGUUUCAGCUAUACCAGUUUUACAACGAAACUACUGUCAAUGGGGACAGAAAGAAGAUUAAGGUGGCUAUACUAGUUGCCGGUGCGACAACAUCUGUGCUCGUCGUAGGUCUUGCUGCUGGCUGUUGUGUUAUUUGGCUUCUGCGAAGCAACCGAACACGAAAGGAUGAGGAAAAAAGCCGAAGUACAUUGUUACAUCAAUUGGCAAACCCACCUAGUGUUGACAUUAAUCAAGAAGGUGAAUUUGUCAGUUCUCAGGAACUGCCUUUCAUGGAGUUGGCUACCAUAAAGGCAGCCACAGACAACUUUUCUGAUUCAAAUAAGCUUGGAAAAGGUGGGUUCGGCACUGUUUACAAGGGUAUCCUGUCCGAUGGCAAGGAAAUAGCAGUUAAAAGGCUAUCGAGGAAAUCUUGGCAAGGAUUAGAGGAGUUCAAGAACGAAGUCAUACUAAUAGCAAAACUUCAACAUAGAAACCUUGUGAGGCUUGUGGGUUGUGGCAUAGAGGGAGAAGAAAAGUUGCUCAUAUAUGAGUACAUGCCGAACAAAAGUCUUGAUCUCUUCAUAUUUGAUUCAGAGAAACGUGCAGAACUUCAUUGGGAUAUACGUCUUAACAUUAUUCUUGGGAUUGCUCGGGGACUUCUUUAUUUGCACGAAGACUCAAGGCUUAAAAUCAUACACAGAGAUCUAAAGCCUAAUAAUGUUCUAUUGGAUCAAGAAAUGGUUGCUAAGAUAUCAGAUUUUGGAAUGGCAAGAAUUUUUGGUGAAAACCAAAAUACGGCUAACACCAGAAGAGUUGUAGGAACAUAUGGAUACAUGGCUCCCGAGUAUGCAAUGGGUGGAUUAUUCUCUGCUAAAUCUGAUGUUUUUAGCUACGGAGUGAUCUUGCUUGAGAUCAUUAGUGGGAAAAGAAACAGUGGCUUUUACCUUACAGAACAUGCUCAGACACUUCUUGCUUAUGCGUGGCGACUAUGGAAUGAAGGAAAAGAAGUAGAAUUUUUAGAUCCAUCGUUGGCAGGGUCAUGCCCCAUGGCAGAAGUUGUAAGAUGUAUCCAUAUUGGGCUUCUGUGCGUCCAAGAAGAUCCGGAAGAUAGACCCAAUAUGUCAUCUGUGGUGGUUUUGUUGGGAAGUAAAUCAGCAACACUUCCUGAACCAAAUCAACCUGCAUUUUCUAUUGGCAGGGUUGUUCAUAUCGAACCACCUUCAUCCACAGAUCAUUUUGUAAACAAUCAAGCCACUGUUUCUAGCAUAUCGCCACGGUGAAUGCUAAAUGGUUGUCACUUAACUAUGAUUUUUUUGUAGUGUGUUGUGAUUGUAAAUUGAACUAAUCUCUGUAACAUAGAAAAUAUAUAUAUAUAUAUAUAUAUGUAAAUAUAUGAUAAUUCAUAUAGUUGUGACCACCGGAAAAAGUGGCUUGUAC